CUGUGUCUAUGCAGAUGGUGGUGAAGAAGAUCUUUCUUUACUAAAGACACAUACAAUAAAGCCUGAUUUGAAAUUGAAAUUUUGUUACUGCAUGGAUAUAGAAUUAUAGGCCAUAUUCUGGAUGACCUCUUUUGCUGUAGACCUGUAAAUGGUCAAUUUUUAACAUCUCUGUUUCUCCUCCUUGUAGGAUCGGAGUACUGAGACCAGUUUUCUGAGCAUCCCUGCAUCGAUGCGGCGAGGAUCUUCAGAGAACAAUCUGGAUCUGGAUCUCAGUGAUGCAAGUCCCGGUCCUGCUCUUGGUUUUGAGGUCCAGCGUAGUCGCUCUUGCUUGGACAACCUCCAGCAGAAGAUACUUAAAGUCACAGAGCAGCUAAAGAUUGAGCAGACAGCCCGAGACGAGAACGUAGCUGAGUACUUGAAGCUGGUGAACAGUGCAGACAAGCAGCAAGUGGGACGCAUCAAACAGGUAUUUGAGAAGAAGAACCAGAAAUCAGCUCAAAACAUUGCUCAGAUGCAAAAGAAACUGGAGCAGUACCAUAAAAAGAUGAAGGACAGUGAAAUCCAUCACAGCCCAUUCCCUCACUCGUCCACUGUCAAACACAGCACCAUACCCAGGGAAUCACCCAGAGAGCUGCUGAGGGAUAUGACUGGCAGUGGCAGACACCCGACCAUGGACAAGAUCAAGACCAUCGGACCAGGUGUGUCCCUCUCCCCUCCUUUCUUCUUCAGCAAGCCCAGAGAGUUUGCCAACCUCAUCAGGAACAAGUUUGGCAGUGCUGAUAACAUCGCCCACCUCAAGACCACUCUGGACGCCUCCUCUCCAUUGCCCACUGACAGUGCGGGAAAGGGGCUGAGUAGCAGCACCUCUAUGGUUGGAAAGCCCAAAUAUCCCAGUGAUGACGAAUGCUCCUCAGGUAGUGCUUCCAUUUCGGCAGACAGUAACGGGAACCCAGCGGGUGGAGGAGGAGUGUCAGUGGGGCAGGCGCAGGGUCAGGGCCUCAGCCAGGGGCAGCCAGCAGGGGAGACAGUCAGAAUCAAAGACGCCCAGAACCAGUUGGAGGAGGAUAUGGAGGAGCUAAAGGCUCAGUUCAAGAGAGAGUAUGGCAUCAUCAGCCAAACACUGCAGGAAGAGAUUUUCAGGUAUGAGCGUUUGGAAGACCAACUUAAUGACCUGACAGAGCUUCACCAACAUGAGAUGGCUAAUUUGAAGCAAGAGCUAGCUAGCAUUGAGGAGAGGGUGGCCUACCAGGCACACGAAAGGGCCAGGGACAUACAGGAAGCCCUCGAGUCGUGUCAGACCCGAGUGUCCAAGCUGGAGCUCCAGCAGCAGCAGCAGCAGCAGACGGUCCAGCUCGAGAGCCGUGACGCCCGAGUCCUGCUGGGAAGCAUCAACAUAAUGCUGGCCAUCAUCACCGUCAUCCUGGUGUGUGUCUCCACCGCUGCCAAGUUUGCUGCUCCACUCAUGAGGAGCCGAUACCACAUGGUAGUGACCUUCCUGGGGAUUUGUUUUUUGACCCGUUUUCUGGAAGAACUGGGACCGCUUACAGUAUUCCAUAGACAGGUUACUGGUGCUUGGCUGAUAAUGAGGAGAACAUACUGAGAACAACAAUAACAUGGACGCUGUCAGUUGUCAGGAUAGGACUGUCUAAGAGGAUUGGUUGUACAAUCGUCAAAAGACAUGCAUUUACAGAGGUCACAGUUUUUUAAAAGUCAGACUGAAAUGAAAUUUUGGUGAUUUUCUUGUCUAGAACUUGAAUGUGUGUAGCUAAUAAUUUCAUUUAACCUUUAAAAUAAUAUUUAUAUAACAGCAAAUGUUGUUACUUUCCCAGUGAUUGCUAAGAAAUCAUCACAAGACACAAAAGGUCAAUUCAAGGAUUAAGAAGGGUGAAGAGAAGUGCAUUUUCACUAUAAUGCAGCAACAUGGGAUUGGGAAAUAACACAUAGAAAAGGUCAAAUUGAGGCAAAUGAUUUUUUGCUUCAUCUUAAGGUUAAUAUCUCUCAAACUAUUGAAGGCAUGCACAUACUUCAAGCUUGGUAUCUUGGCCACAGCUACGAAAU